GACUGGGCCCCCCAGGCCCCCCUGAAAAAGUACAUUUUUCAACAAAUUUGUUAAAUAUUUUUGUGGAAAUACUUGGUUUUGAAAUUACGAUUAUCUGGUUAAAUUUACAGUUGGCUACGCUUAUCUUGUCAGUUACGCAUACUAUGAAUGCUUUUUUUCAAAAAUAGAAAUGUUCCUGGAUUCUAACUGAAGUUGAUUGUUAGUUUUGUAUAGGGCCUAGACACUGAAAAGGUUUUUUGAGAAGCUUUAUUUGGGAAGUUGAAGGAGUCUUGGAAGAAAGGGUGGUAUUUAAAGAACUGGAGAAGGGAGGAGAGUGGUUGAAGCAAGAAUGGGGAGAACAAGAAUCAGGGCUUGUGUGAGGUCCAGGAAGUGGGGAGGAACAUUUUGUGUAUCAUGUACCAAGCUCAUGCUAGGUGACUUACACGUAUUAAUUCAUUUGCUCCUGUGAAUGGCUUCUGAUGUAGGUUAUAGUGUCUCCCAUUUUGUAAAUGAGAAAAUAACCUCAGGUUAAAUGAGUUAUCUAAUAUAUUGUGUGAUGGUAACUGGCAGAAUUAGUAUCUGAACCCAGGAAUAUGUGACUACAGCUCUUUUGCUCCUUUGCUUUGCUCCCUUGAAGGUCCAGGCCUAAAGUGUGUCUAUGUACCAUUUUCUGUGUUUUGACUUCAGAUACUCAAGUUUUGCCUGAUUUCUGUAUGUUGUCAUCUGUACGCCUCAUUCGCAGAACAGUCCGGCUUGUUCAUUCCCCAGUCUGCAAUCCUUCCCGCUCCUUCAUGGAUUUGAAGGUGCUCGUUUCUUCCUUGAAUGACUUUGCGUCCCUCUCACUUGCCGAGAGUUGGGACAAUGUUGGGUUACUGGUGGAACCAAGCCCACCACACACCGUACACACUCUCUUUCUUACCAUUGACUUGACCGAGCAAGUAAUGGAGGAGGCACUGCAGAAGAAGGUGGAUCUCAUUCUCUCCUACCACCCACCCAUCUUCCGACCCCUGAAGCAUAUAACCUGGAAAACCUGGAAGGAGCGCCUGGUGAUCCGGGCUCUGGAAAACAGAGUCGGUAUUUACUCUCCUCACACAGCCUAUGAUGCUUCACCCCAGGGAGUCAACAGCUGGUUGGCUAAAGGGCUUGGAGUUUGCACCUCCAGGCCCAUACAUCCUUCCAAAGCUCCCACCUACCCCACAGCGGGGACGCACAGGGUCGAAUUCAGUGUUAACGGCACCGAAGACCUGGACAAAGUGAUUUCUGCAGUGAAAGAAAUUGCAGAUGUUUCUGUCACUUCUUUUUCUACAAGGACUGAUGAUGAGGAGCAAACACGGAUUAGUCUGAAUUGUAGUCAGGAGGCUUUGAUGCAAGUGGUGGCUUUUCUUUCCCAGAGCAGACAGUUCUAUCAGAAGACCGAAAUUCUGUCACUGGAGAAGCCUCUGCUCCUGCAUGCUGGAAUGGGACGGUUAUGCACACUGGAUGAAUCUGUUUCCUUGGCUACCAUGAUUGAGCGAAUCAAAAGGCACCUUAAACUACCUCAUGUUCGCCUUGCUCUUGGGGUAGGAAGGACCUUAGAGUCUCCAGUCAAAGUCGUGGCCCUGUGCGCUGGUUCUGGGAGCAAGGUGCUGCAGGGGACGGAGGCCGACCUUUACCUCGCAGGUGAGAUGUCCCACCAUGAUGUUCUGGAUGCCGCGUCCCAGGGGAUAACUGUCAUCCUCUGUGAACACAGCAACACCGAACGAGGCUUUCUUUCUGAUCUUCGAGAUACGCUGCGUGCUCACUUGGAAAACAAGAUUAAUAUUAUCCUGUCAGAGGCAGACAGAGACCCUCUUUGUGUGGUAUAGAGCAUACUGGAGUAGCGGUUGGACAGCCCGAGCCUGAAUGCAUAACGUGAAUCAGUGCACCUCGAAUCGUCCUGGAAGAACGUCUUAGAAUGUACAUUUAUUUCUGGUUUGUAAAUCUGCUUCCUCAAAUGUUCUGUAGCUCAUAUGGUAAAAAUCAUAACAAUGAC